AUGGGCAAAGUCAAAACACUAGACCUGUCCAACACCAUCGGCGCCUACUUUGCGCCCGCCACCAUUAUCCCCGCCGGCAGCCGCCUUCUGCACCUCGCUGGUCAGGUCGGGGCAACAAAAAAUGGAACAGUGCCGGCUGACUACGAAUCGCAGGUCCACUUGGCACUGCUGAACCUCCGAAAGAUCAUAGUGGCAGCAGGCGCCGGCAUAAAGGACAUUGCCAAGCUGACGCUUUACAUAGUCAACUACGACCACUCCAAACGCCUGCACGCUCGGCACGUGCAAAAGUUCCUCAGGGGCCACAGGCCGGCAAUCACCCUGGUGCCCGUGCAAGCGCUGGCUGUGGCUUCGUGGCUGUUCGAGGUUGAUGCGGUUGUUGUGCAGCCCGACCCGGCCUCCAACGCACCGCCGCCGGCCCUUUCGGCUGCCAGGGCGAGCGACAAGUGUGAUGUGGUCAUUGUCGGCGCAGGGCUGGCUGGUCUGUCGGCCGCGCACGAGCUGAUCAGGGCUGGCCUGUCGUGCAUCGUCCUCGAGUCGCGAGAUCGAGUCGGCGGCAAGACGUGGAGUCAGGAGUUGGCGGGAGGCGGAGGCGUUGUUGAUCUGGGGGCGGCCUGGAUAAACGACACCAACCAAAGCAGGAUGUACAAUAUUGCCCAGCGGUACGGAGCGGAGCUGAUUGAGCAGAAUACGCAGGGCAGGGUGGUUCUCGAGGACUUGGAUGGCAAAGUUUCGUCCUUUACAUACGGGGAUCUACCUCAUCCGGCUGGCCGCGGAAGGUACUCCAGCCUCCCGGCCCUGGCCAUCAAAACACUGCAGCAGGAGUUGGAAAACGUGGAAACAGUCGGCAGCUGGCUCGAAGAGGUCUUUGCAGCCAAGCUCGAAAGUUUACAGGCCCCGGAGGACGCCGCGCUUAGGAGAAUUGUUCUUGAACUUGACGACGUGAUCAGCGGCUGGUUCCUCAGUCGCACCCUCCCUGAAAAAGAGCCGAGCCGCCACGCCACCAGCGGCGGCCCCAACGCGAAUUUUAACCCCGGCCACGCGCUCGUACCCGAUACGUACGACGCCCGGCAAUGCACCUGA